AUGGAUGAAAAACUAAAAAUAAAUAUUCACUCAGCAAACAAACAGAAUAUUAAGCGAGUUUCUAGAAAAUGUGUUGAAUUUUUGAAAAGUGGGAAAAACAGAACAGUUGUACUAAAAGCAAAAUCUUCAGCAAUACCAAAGGCAAUCUCAAUUUCGGAGGUUGUAAAAAUGGAAAUUUCGAACGCCACUCAAAUAAACUCAUUGAUUAAUUUAGAAGUAAGUUUUAUAUUUGCUACAUAG